AUGAAGGGAGGCGGUUCAGACCUCAAUUGUCCUGCACAUACUGCAGACAAAAGAAUUACUUCAAGGCUCAAGUGCGACCGAGGGCAUCCCUGCGACAACUGCGCAAAACGCAACCAGUCUCAAUCAUGCCAGUAUGCCAAUCCUGCGGUGCGUAACAGAACUGCCCAAGCUCGCCGGGUGACCUACUCUGGCGACAUCGCUGAGAGGAACCAAAGCGCCGACUCGGCAGCGAUUCGUGUAGGAGUUCCCGACAAUGAUGGUAGGCAAGAAGAUUUAAGCGCUAGGACGUUGUUGCAAGAAAUUGGCACUCCAGGGACGAUGCAUGGAGAUCAGAUGGGCACGAGAUGGUUUGAUGAUACGCAUUGGCAAGCCAUCAUGGACGAUGUAGGUGCUUGCGGUGGUCUCUUUUCUGCAGCAAAGCUAAUACAAAGCCGUUACUAA